AUGAAUCACGGCACCGCGGAAGGCUCGGCUUGUAAGGUCUCGAUGCUAUGGAACUGGGACAUUGUUGACGCUUUUUUCGCCACAGGUUUCCUCGCCGAAUCCUGGCAGAUCGAGAACAAUGGAAUGAUGGCCGCAUCUUGUAUCGGUGUCGCCCUUCUCGUCGUGGUACUAGAAUGCCUUCGGCGACUGGGCAAAGAAUACGACGGGAUGAUUAUCCAUCAGGUACAACGUCACGCUGCGUAUUUGGCAACCGAUCACAAAGGCCCAAGAGAGAGCAGCGGCUGCUGUGCUCCACAAGACUCAGUCGCCAUCAUGACGCCGCGCAUGCUCACAUUCAGAGCAUCUCCACUACAGCAGGUCGCGAGAGCCGUGAUCCACGCUGUGACCUUUGGUGUUGCGUACAUUGUCAUGCUUCUCGCCAUGUACUUCAAUGGAUAUAUCAUUAUCUCCAUCAUCAUCGGAGCAGGGUUAGGCAAGUUUCUCUGUGACUGGCUAGUCAUCAAAGUGCAGGUUGGUGGCGGCGGCGGGGCUGAAGAGAAAGCAACAGGCAUCGAUGAGACGACCGUGUGUUGCAGCUAG